AGUUACUUUGAAUCUAAAGAGACAAAUCACGAGAGAAUAUUGCGAUACUUUUGGCAUACAUGGUUAUGACUUUGAACGGCGCAAGAAGGAGGAGCUUCAUUUCAAAAUCUGAUGGCAGAAGGGCAGCGUUGCUCUUCACAAUAUGCUUAUGGGGGAUUAUUUUUGGAGGCUCAUAUGCACAUUCUAGACCUAGGCCCAACUGUCCAAAUUCAAACUCACAUUCUAGACCCAAUGGUGGACACUCAAGACAAUGUCCAAAUUCUAGUUCGGAAACGGUUAAUAAACCUACUGAACCAACCACAUUGCAGGUUCAAAACCAAACAAUUAAACCAGCAUAUCCCCAAACCACAGCUAAACAUUCCAUAACUACUAUGAAAUCAGCAAUCACAGAUCCUUCCUUAGCAAGUCCAGUAGUAUCACCUCAAAAAGCAGCUAGUGCUCCAAUCACAACACAAUAUGAAACAAAAAAAGUUUCCAUUACCAAAGCGUCUGAUUCAACCUCAGGUAAAGCUAAAGAUAUUUUAGUCAAUACUAUGACCACCACCACCACAACACCACCAAUAGUGCAAAUCACAAACUCUACAUCACAACAUGAACCUAAAUCAAAAGUGACUCAUCAUUCUACAACAAUGACUGUCACCCCCGAAACCUCAACUAGCCUUCCAACCUCACAUAAAGACACAAGUCCAAACCCAUCAGUAGCACCUACAUCUCCAAAAUCUACAACUACAAGACCAGAAGCUUCAACUGAGAUAACAAUGAAAUCCAACACUGUACAAAAAUCAUCAGUAUCUGCAUCAGCUGUGACCCCAACAACCACACUGAAAUCAGCAAUUACUACUGCUUCAUCUCCUAAAGUAACCAAAAGCUAUUCGACAGUGACAUCUAUGACACCAACACACAUGCCCACAUCAUCAGCAGCUACAUCUACACCUCUGACUACUACUCCAAGCUCAAUUCAAUCUGCAAAAAUAACAACUAAAGGUUCUACAACAGUGACUGUCACCCUUGAAACCUCAACUAGCCAUCCAACCUCACAUAAAGGCAUGAAGCCAAACCCACCGGUCACACCUCAACAUAAGAAAUCUACAACUAAAAGACCAGAGGCUUCUACAGGGAUAACAAUGAACUCCAACACUGUGCAAAAAUCAUCAGUAUCUACAUCAAAUGUGACCCCAACAACCACACUAAAAUCCUCAGAAACCACAAAUACUCACUCAGCAAUUACUACUGCUUCAACUCCUAAAGUAACCAAUGGCUAUUCAACAGUGACAUCUGCGACACCAACACACAUGCCCACAUCUUCAGCAACAACUACACCUCUGACUACUACUCCAAGCUCAAUUCCAUCUGCAAAAAUAACCACUAAAGAUUCUACAACAGUGACUGUCACCCUUGAACCCUCAACUAGCCAUCCAACCUCACAUAAAGCCAUGAAGCCAAACCCACCGGUCACACCUCAACAUAAGAAAUCUACAACUAAAAGACCAAAGGCUUCUACAGGGAUAACAAUGAACUCCAACACUGUGCAAAAAUCAUCAGUAUCUACAUCAAAUGUGACCCCAACAACCACACUAAAAUCCUCAGAAACUACAAAUACACACUCAGCAAUUACUACUGCUUCAACUCCUAAAGUAACCAAUGGCUAUUCGACAGUGACAUCUGUGACACCAACACACAUGACCACAUCUUCAGCAACAACUACACCUCUGACUACUACUCCAAGCUCAAUUCCAUCUGCAAAAAUAACCACUAAAGAUUCUACAACAGUGACUGUCACCCUUGAAACCUCAACUAGCCAUCCAACCUCACAUAAAGGCAUGAAGCCAAAGCCACCGGUCACACCUCAACAUAAGAAAUCUACAACUAAAAGACCAGAGGCUUCUACAGGGAUAACAAUGAACUCCAACACUGUGCAAAAAUCAUCAGUAUCUACAUCAAAUGUGACCCCAACAACCACACUAAAAUCCUCAGAAACCACAAAUACACACUCAGCAAUUACUACUGCUUCAACUCCUAAAGUAACCAAUGGCUAUUCGACAGUGACAUCUGUGACACCAACACACAUGCCCACAUCUUCAGCAACAACUACACCUCUGACUACUACUCCAAGCUCAAUUCCAUCUGCAAAAAUAACCACUAAAGAUUCUACAACAGUGACUGUCACCCUUGAAACCUCAACUAGCCAUCCAACCUCACAUAAAGCCAUGAAGCCAAACCCACCGGUCACACCUCAACAUAAGAAAUCUACAACUAAAAGACCAAAGGCUUCUACAGGGAUAACAAUGAACUCCAACACUGUGCAAAAAUCAUCAGUAUCUACAUCAAAUGUGACCCCAACAACCACACUAAAAUCCUCAGAAACUACAAAUACACACUCAGCAAUUACUACUGCUUCAACUCCUAAAGUAACCAAUGGCUAUUCGACAGUGACAUCUGUGACACCAACACACAUGACCACAUCUUCAGCAACAACUACACCUCUGACUACUACUCCAAGCUCAAUUCCAUCUGCAAAAAUAACAACUAAAGAUUCUACAACAGUGACUGUCACCCCUGAAACCUCAACUAGCCAUCCAACAUCACAUAAAGGCAUGAAGCCAAACCCACCGGUCACACCUCAACAUAAGAAAUCUACAACUACAAGACCAAAGGCUUCUACAGGGAUAACAAUGAACUCCAACACUGUGCAAAAAUCAUCAGUACCUACAUCACCUGUGAAAACCACACUUAAAUCUUCAGAAACCACAAAUGCACACUCAGAAAUGCUUACUUCAUCAGGAACUACACAUGCAAAUCCAACAACCACACCAGUAAAAGAACCAAUCAUUAUUCCUCAAACAUCAAAUGGAACAUCACAUCAAAAUGAUCAAACAAAGACAUCAACUAAAUCCCCAACCACAAUGCAUCCUUCCAUCUCAACAACCAAAACUGCCACAGCAACAACAUCUGCAACCCCAGUUCUACAUUUACCCACACAGACUACACAUCAAACCUCUUCUGCAUCUCCAACCACAAAGCCAAUUGCAACCACUAUAUCUGCAACAAUCAAGACUUCACCUCUAACUCCUUACACAACCACUGCAAUGCCCAAAACAACACAUUUCUCCAACAAAACUCCAGUUCUAACCUCACAUCUACCUCCUGGAACUGUAUCCAAAAGUACACCUAAAGUUACAGGUACAGAAAUGCUUACUUCAUUAGGAACUACACAUGCAAAUCCAACAACCACACCAGUAAAAGAACCAAUCAUUAUUCCUCAAACAUCAAAUGGAACAUCACAUCAAAAUGAUCAAACAAAGACAUCAACUAAAUCCCCAACCACAAUGCAUCCUUCCAUCUCAACAACCAAAACUGCCACAGCAACAACAUCUGCAACCCCAGUUCUACAUUUACCCACACAGACUACACAUCAAACCUCUUCUGCAUCUCCAACCACAAAGCCAAUUGCAACCACUAUAUCUGCAACAAUCAAGACUUCACCUCUAACUCCUUACACAACCACUGCAAUGCCCAAAACAACACAUUUCUCCAACAAAACUCCAGUUCUAACCUCACAUCUACCUCCUGGAACUGUAUCCAAAAGUACACCUAAAGUUACAGGUACAGAAAUGCUUACUUCAUUAGGAACUACACAUGCAAAUCCAACAACCACACCAGUAAAAGAACCAAUCAUUAUUCCUCAAACAUCAAAUGGAACAUCACAUCAAAAUGAUCAAACAAAGACAUCAACUAGAUCCCCAACCACAAUGCAUCCUUCCAUCUCAACAACCAAAACUGCCACAGCAACAACAUCUGCAAUCCCAGUUCUACAUUUACCCACACAGACUACACAUCAAACCUCUUCUGCAUCUCCAACCACAAAGCCAAUUGCAACCACUAUAUCUGCAGCAAUCAAGACUUCACCUCUAACUCCUUACACAACCACUGCAAUGCCCAAAAUAACACAUUUCUCCAACAAAACUCUGGUUCUAACCUCACAUCUACCUCCUGGAACUGUAUCCAAAAGUACACCUAAAGUUACAGGUACAGAAAUGCUUACUUCAUUAGGAACUACACAUGCAAAUCCAACAACCACACCAGUAAAAGAACCAAUCAUUAUUCCUCAAACAUCAAAUGGAACAUCACAUCAAAAUGAUCAAACAAAGACAUCAACUAAAUCCCCAACCACAAUGCAUCCUUCCAUCUCAACAACCAAAACUGCUACAGCAACAAGUGUAACCCCACCUCUACAUUUACCCACAAAGACUACACAUCAAACCUCUUCUGCAUCUCCAACCACAAAGCCAAUUGCAACCACUAUAUCUGCAGCAAUCAAGACUUCACCUUUAACUACUUACACAACCACUGCAAUGCCCAAAAAGACACCAUUCUCCAACAAAACUCCAGUUCUAACCUCACAUCUACCUCCUCGAACUGUACCCAAAAGUACACCUAAAGUUACAGGUUCAAAAAUGCUUAGUUCAUUGGGAACUACACAUGCAUCUCCAACAACCACACCAUUACAAGAACCAAUCAUUAUUCCUCAAACAUCAAAUGGAACAUCACAUCAAAAUGAUCAAACCAAGACAACAACUAAAUCCCCUACCACAAUGCAUCCUUCCAUCUCAACAACCAAAACUGCCACAGCAACAACAUCUGCAACCCCAGUUCUACAUUUACCCACACAGACUACACAUCAAACCUCUUUUGCAUCUCCAACCACAAAACCAAUGGCACCAACUACAUCUGCAGCAUUCAAGACAAUGCAUUCUUCCAUGCCAACAAUCAAAACUGCUACAGCAACAACAUCUGUAACCCCUGUUCUGUCUUCAGCUACACAGACUGCACAUCAAACCUCUUCUGCAUCUCCAACCACCAGAAACACUUCAACUGCAGUAACCAACCCUACACCUUCUACCACAAACAAAUCACCAACAAUGCACAAAACAACAUCAUUCUCCAAAACAUCUCCAGUUUUAACCUCAACGCUAGGAACAAUACCCAAAAGUACACCUAAAGGGACAGUGUUUACUUCAUCAGGAGCUACAUAUACAUAUCUAACAACAAAAACAUUACAAGAACCAGUCAUUAUCCCUCAAACAUCAAAUGAAACAUCACAUCCAAAUAUGCCAACAUGCAAAUGUGAGAUAGCAGUGGUUACAAGCACACUGCAGUUCAACUCCUUGUCUCCAGUGCCCAGUCAGGAUCUGGUCCUCAAUGCUAUCAGUGACCUCCAAAACUCCAGAGAGUCACAACUCAACGAUUCAGUGAAGCUGUUAAACGUCACAUAUGGGAAAAUCUCAGAAACCUCCUAUGAGGUCAAAUUAACAUUUGCUGUGAGUAACAUCAGCAUUCCGGUGGACAAGGAACAAACAAACAGCACCUUAAAAAAUCUCCAGGAUGUUGUCAAUGUUGCGGUGAACACUCUUCUGAAUGAGCCUGGCAAAGCAUCUCUGCAACCAAACUCCUCCAGUUUCCAGAUCACUCCAAAUCAAAUUAAUGGCGCUUUGAAUUAUAUCAUCCAAGAUGGAGAUGCCAUACAACCAGUCAGCUUCCUACAAAAGCUCCAGUCACUCAAGGGAUCGUCCACUACAUCAGCAUCACCACUGACAACAAGCAGCUCACCUGUGACAUCUGGUUCAGCAGUGGUUACAAGCACACUGCAGUUCAACUCAUCUCCAGUGCCCAGUCAGGAUCUGGUCCUCAAAGCUAUCGGUGAUCUCCGAAACUCCAGAGAGUCAAAACUCAAUGAAUCAGUCAAGCUGCUGAAUGUGACCUACGAGAAAAUCUCUGAAACCUCCUAUGAGAUCAAAUUAACAUUUGCCGUGAGUAACGUCAGCAUGCCAGUGGACAUUAAACAAAGAAACAGCACCUUAACACAUCUCCAGGAUGUUGUCAAUGUAGCGGUGAACACUCUUCUGAAUGAGCCUGGCAAAGCGUCUCUGCAACCCAACUCCUCCAGUUUCCUGAGCACACCAAACAAAAUUAAUGGCUCUUUGAAUUAUAUCAUCCGAGACGGAGAUGCCAUACAACCAGUCAGCUUCCUACAAAAGCUCCAGUCACUCAAGGUAUCGUCCACUACAUCAGCAUCACCACUGACAACAAGCAGCUCACCUGUUAAGUUUGUAUCUGGUUCAGCAGUGGUUACAAGCACAUUGCAGUUCAACUCAUGUCCAGUGCCCAGUCAGGAUCUGGUCCUCAAAGCUAUCGGUGAUCUCCGAAACUCCAGAGAGUCACAACUCAAUGAAUCAGUCAAGCUGGUAAAUGUGACCUAUGAGAGUAAGUGUCAUCAAAUUAGUUUUAAAGGAUGUGUAACAUGA